UAGAAAAUGUAAUAAUUAAACUUUUGGGGAUAGGCGUCAUUAUUCUCAAAAGGUUUAUCUCUAAAACAUUACAUAAUCAAUUGGAAUGAACAUCAAUAGUAAACAUGGAGCAGACGCUAAUACUUCUUCAAAUUUCAGACAGUGCAUUUCCAACAGGCGGAUUUUCUCACAGCAUGGGCCUCGAAUCAGCGGUGCAACAUCACUGGGUUCAAAGCAAAGGAGAUCUGAUAAAUUUCUGUAUCUCAGUGCUGGAAAACGCUGGGUCAUUAGGCAUUCCCUUUGUCCAAGAAUCAUUCAAGAAUUAUGCUGAUGUUAAGCAUUUGAGCAGACUAGACCAGCUUCUCCAUGCAUGUUCUGCCAACCACGUUGCUUGCAGAGCUAGCACAAAACAGGGUAAAGCAAUGUUAGAAACUGCAAGCAGAGUGUUCAUGGAUCAAAAUAUUUCUAAGCUCUUGUCUAGCCUCAGCCACUGUCAUCAUGCAGUUGUGUUUGGUGCAAUCUGUGGUUGCCUAGGAAUAGCAGAAGAAAUAAUGUUAGCUACAUAUAUGUCUGGAUUGGCACGUACAGUAAUGGCAAGUGCGGUUCGCCUUGACAAAGUUGGACCUAUUGAGGCACAGAAAAUAGUAGCCAGUCUCCAGAAAGUUAUUCCAGAGAUUAUCCAUAGGCUAAAGAUUCGAACCACCCAAGAAGCAUGUAUUACUUAUCCUGUUUUGGAUAUUCUUCAAAACUGCCAUGAUCGCCUCUUUUGCAAACUUUUUAACUCCUGAUCUUGUUUACAUCCAUCACAUUAUAAUAUUAACUUUUUCCCUUAUACACAUCAACUGCACAGUAACAGGUGCGUAUAUGCAUAAAUUUCGUCGUGCCUUCAAAAAAUAUAUAUGAGGAAGAAAAGUUAAAGAUUUACAAUUGCCUUUCGGUCACCAUGGAGCAGAUUUAAUUCCUUUGUUGCCCUAAUAGCAUUCUGCCAUGUUGACUAUUAUUGUUGUACUAAAUACAUUGUGUUCUUGUUAAAAGAAAUGCCCUGCCUCUGACAAACUGCUAAUACAAUUACAUAAAUUUCAAAUGUAAAAGUGGUCUGAUGGCCAAAGUCAAAGAUUAUUUUAAACCUUAACAUACCAAGGGGGUCCUCUGAGAACCCCAGAGGGGGAUAUUUAUUGAUCCUGCUGUAACUAUAAUAACAGAUUAAUUCCUGACUUUUGGAUGUAUCCCGCAUCAACUUUAGGUAAAUAUUAUAUAAUAAACUUAUAAAAAUUUCUUUCAAAAAAAGGUAAAAAAAACAAACUGCAAACAUUUUGUCGGUGAGACAUAUAGGACGACCAGCACAACAGCUGACUUGAGCUAAGGACUGUAGCGAUGGCAACUCAUGAAUCUGUACCCUUUUUUUUUUUUUAAUGAAAUGAUAUAACUGGUUGUACAUGAAUAUUGUCCUGUAUAUAAUCAGAUGCAAAAAUAAUAUGACUGGUUGUACAUGAAUAUUGUCCAGUAUAUAAUCGGAUGCACAAAUGUAUACACUGUACUGUUAAAAUUACAUAAACAGUUUUACAUGUAAAAAUGUAUAGACACUUUUAUGAAGAAGAGUAUAUGAAUUUUAUUGGCUAGCUACUGUUGAAAUAAAAUAUUUGAUUCUAAAAA